AUGAAUACACCAGCAUCACCACCAAAAACAGGAGCACGUCGUCAAGGAUCAAGCGAAAGAACAAGUAGUUCCUAUGAUGCUCUACGGUUUUUACGUACAACAAAUAAAUGGGAUAAAGACUUUUUACCACCAAUGUGUGCAUCACGUUUUUCAAAUCAUAAUGAUUUUGAAAGAGCUUUACAAGAUUUUUAUUAUGAAGUUGUUGAAAUAAUGCCUGAUUAUGUUCAACGUGUUCGUAAAGCUUGUCGUCUUAUAUUUGAUGAUUUAGUGCCACGUUUACGAAAAAAUCGUUAUGGUAUUGUUCUUAAUGAUCCAAUUUUUUGUGAUACUUUUUUUGAAAAUUUACAAGUUGUUCAUAUUCAACGUAUUAAUAUACUUAUACCAAUUACAAUACGACCCGUAGAAAAAGAACGUUUAGAUAAAAUUGGAUAUAUUUAUUUGAGAAUACCUGGUUCUGUCAAUGAUGAAGAAUUAUCACGAUAUGAUCCGUGGGGGUUUAUGAGAUCACGAAAAGAUAGACAAUACUUAUCACCAGUAGUGCUUGUUCAAUUAGUUCAUUCACUUAUUGAAGAAGCAUUAAAAGAUCCAAAUCCAAUAGAAUUUUUUGUUCUUGAACCACUUGAUAUCGAUCAUGAAGGUGCAGUUAUUCGAAUUCGUCAUGAAGAAUUAAUGUUUACAAUAUGUUUAUCAUUUGGUGUUAAAAUAAAAAAAACUGAUCCAUAUUUUGUUACAAAACCAUAUAUACUUGAUGAUUAUUUACAAUCAAAACGAGCCUGGCGUAUAUCAUAUAUUGAAGCUGAAAUGAAAUGUUUAAAAGUUCUUCACCGUGCUGAUCAUUUUCGUCAUGCUCAAGCAAUUAAAAUAUUUCUUGCUUUAGUUAAAUUAAAUCGAAUAUUUUCUGUAUUAAAUGAAGAUAUUAUAAAAGCCUUAAUGGUUUAUAUAUGUGAUGAAGAUCUUGUACAUCGAAAUUGGAAUCGUCGUCGAUGUAAUGAUAUAUUUUGGUCAUUAUUUGAUUUACUUUAUGUUUCAGUUGAUCAACAAAUUCUUAAACAUCCAUAUUUACCUGAAAUGAAUUUAUUAGAAAAAAUUGAUCGAACGAAAUUAGUACGUUUAAAAAAACAUUUAGAUUAUAUAGCUGAACAUCAACAUGAAUUUGAAAGAUUUUUUAAUCGUCGAGUACUUAGUUGUAAACGACGACGUAAUCAAUCAAAAAAUUUAUGGGCUUUCUUUGGUUCGUUAAGAAAUCAAUUAACUGAAGGUGGUGAUGAUGACGACAGUGCAGCAUCAAGUGAUGAAGGAAAUGAUAUAAUUUAUGAUGAAAAUAAUAUUCAUUAUGAAAAUAUUCAAUCAACUAAAAAUCAAAAUUCUCAAUUAUUUAAUAAUGUUUAA